CUGAAAUUGAGGUUACCGCAAUUACCGUGUACAUGGCUUCCAUAUUAGAAGUGGUACCGUAAUUCAUAUUUGAUAUUUCCAUAUACGAGUUAGAUUUCCACAGAAGCUCCGUCCCACCAGUGUAGUAAUCAUUACGCAAGAGGUAGUGGGGGAGUCCUACAAAUUAAGCGAGUGGGAGAUAAUAUGGAUGAGGGUAGAAGGAGAAGCGGUGUAGUGGCAGGUUCAGUGUGGGAGAGUAGGAUGAAGAUUGAUGAAGUGAAAGGUGGGAUUAAGGUCUUCAAUGGCGAAGAAGAAGAAGGAGGAAGCUCUCAAUUAGAGAGUACUGGAGGGGCUUCUGCAAAUGGCGGUGGCGGUGGCGGUGGUGGGAGUACUCCUGCAAGCUCAAGGGUGAAGAAAGGCCAAACUGGUGCUGUGGCGGCCAGUGGGAAGAGGAAGACAUGGAAAUCCGAGAGCUUUGAGGGUUUUGAGAAGGCCCCAUUUCAGAUAUCCAAACGAAAGCCUGAGCCGUUGAAGAAUUCUGAGGAACAGUGCAAGGAGCUGAGCGUUUCUGCUGACGGAAUCAAGAAGAGCCCAGUUCAGCCCAGGAAGUUGAGAUCUGAGGGAAGCAAGGAGGUUGGUGUUUCUGCUGAGAAAUUCGAGAGGAGCCCAAUUCAGACGAGGAAGCCGAGAUCUGGUGAGGGAAUUGAGAGGAAUUCUGCGCAGUUGAGGAAGGUGAAAUCUGACUCGGUCAAGGGUGUUGAAGGAAGCGGCAAUGGAGGUAAUUCUCAGACCAGUUCAGUUCAGCUGAGGAAGGCCAAGUCGGAUUUGAGUCUGACUGUGGAUGAAUCAGUGGAGGGAAUUGGUGAUGGGUCUGUUGGAGGAACUGAGAAAAACCCAGUUGAUGGAUCUGAUGAAACUUGCAAGGAGUUUGGAGUUUGCCAAGAAAAGGUUAUAACAGAUCGGAGUAUUGUGGUGAAUUGUGCUCCAAAAUUGGAUGUGAACAAUGGCGAGGAGGAUGAUGGUCUUGAUGUUGUUGAUGGAGAGGAUGAAGGAGAUGAAGAGGAGGGGGAUGAGGAGGAGACAGAGAUUGAGAUUGAUGUUAAGAAAAUCAAUGUCCCAGAACCCAAGAAAAUUGUCAAUGAAGAGGAGAAGAUUGUCAAUGAAGAGAAGAAAAUUGUCAGUGAAGAGAAGAAGAUUGUCAAUGAUGAGAAGAAGACUGUCAAUGAAGAGAAAAAGAUUGAGAAGAAAAUUGUCGGUGAAGAGAAGAAGAUUGUCAAUGAUGAGAAGAAGACUGUCAAUGAAGAGAAAAAGCUUCAUCAUCAUCAAGUUCAUAGGAAACCAAUGCCCACUGUGAAACAGCCUCCUCCACUUGAAAAACGUCGUACUAUGUACCAGAAUUUAUCAAAACCUACUCCAAGACACCAGAAUCUCUCAAAACCCACUUCAAGUUCUUAUGAGUUCCAAACAUUUCAGGAAAGCCAUAGCAAACUGCAGAGUUUUGUGGACUUAGUAAUGUGGAAAGAAGUCCCAAGAUCGGCACUUGUCUUGCUAGUUGGAUCAUUCGUAAUACUCUCAUCUACCUAUACAAAGGAUAUCAAUUUGAGCUUUAUUUCUGUGAUUUCCUAUAUGGGUCUUGUCUAUCUUGCUGCCAUUUUCAUCUUUAGGACCCUUAUUUGCAGGGGAGUGGUACAUAUGGAUGAUUCAAGCUAUGUGCUGGGGGAACAAGAAGCUAUAUGGUUACUCAGAUUAUUUCUUCCUUACGUGAAUGAGUUGCUGCUAAAACUCAGAGCCCUUUUUUCUGGAGAUCCUGCUACUACAAUGAGGCUGGCAGUACUGCUCUUUGUUUUGGCUAGGUGUGGCAGCUGCAUAACCAUUUGGACCGUUAUUAAAUUAGGUUUUCUGGGAGUUUUUACUGUACCAAAACUCUGCUCAUUGUACUCUGCACAAUUAACUGCAAUAGCUAAAUUUUGGCUUCGGCGCUUCCACGACAUAUGGGACUCGUGCUCGCACAAGAAAGCUGUGGCUGCAUCCGUUGUUUUUCUCAUUUUAAACCUAUCCUCAACUGUUGCACGCAUUUGGGAAGUGUUCAUGCUGUAUGUGGCUUUCCGAUGCUAUCAGCAGUCUUCCUUGAGAGAUGAUUGGGUGGAAGAUGAAGCAGGAGGUGAAGAAACAUCAUGACCGAGGACAAGAAUCAAAUUGGAUAGAGAAGUACAUACACUGAGGGUCACAUGCAUGGGCAAAUAAUUGACUGUUUGACAAGAAAAAGAAAAGGAUCGAUAAAAUGCAAAACAUACUGUUGCUAUGUUCACUAAACCAAAAUAAAAAAGAAAAGAAAAGAAAAGAAAAGAAAGAAGAAUCCUUGCUGCUAUACGCAUGAUUUUGUGCCGAAGAAAUUUCAUCCAAUUCACUAUGUAAAAAGUAGUUGAUGCAUGAAGUUGCCUUUAAAAGCAUAUGUUGCUAGUUGUUGGGAGAUAAAUACUUAUGGGGUGUUUGGAUGGAAUAAAAGAUUAUCUCGUUUUGUUGUAUUUAAGUGGAGGGAAUUCAUAUAUUUAAGGAAACGUGAAUUUUCUCCCAAUUGCCUUA